GCAGAGGCCGGGCGCGCAGACCGAGAGGGCAGCAGCACAGGGUCCCGGAGUCCAGGAGGCCAUGAGUGAGGGCAGGUGCUCCGUGGCCCUGAUGUCUUCCACGGCAGCUCCGGCCAAGGAGGCCAACGCCACGGGCCCAAAGGCGAUGGAGCUCGUCCUGGUCAAGGAGCAAAACGGGGUGCAGCUCACGAACUCCACCCUCCUCAACCCCCCGCAGAGCCCCACGGAGGCCCAGGAUCGGGAGACCUGGAGCAAGAAGGCCGACUUCCUCCUCUCGGUGAUCGGCUUCGCGGUGGACCUGGCCAACGUCUGGCGGUUCCCAUACCUGUGCUACAAAAACGGCGGGGGUGCCUUCCUGGUGCCCUACCUGUUCUUCAUGGUCGUCGCCGGCGUGCCGCUGUUCUACAUGGAGCUGGCCCUCGGGCAGUUCAACAGAGAGGGGGCGGCAGGCGUCUGGAAGAUCUGCCCCAUCCUGAGAGGCGUGGGCUACGCGGUCAUCCUCAUCUCGCUGUACAUCGGCUUCUUCUACAACGUGAUCAUCGCCUGGGCGCUGCACUAUCUCUUCUCCUCCUUCACCGCCGAGCUGCCCUGGACGCACUGCAACCACACCUGGAACAGCCCCCGCUGCUCGGACGCCCGCGCCCCCAACGCCAGCGCAGGCACCAACGGCACCUUGAGGACCACGCCCGCCGCCGAGUACUUCGAGCGCGGUGUGCUGCACCUCCACGAGAGCCACGGCCUCGACGACCUGGGCCCCCCCCGCUGGCAGCUCACCUCCUGCCUGGUGCUGGUCAUCGCCCUGCUCUACUUCAGCCUGUGGAAGGGGGUGAAGACUUCCGGGAAGGUCGUGUGGAUCACAGCCACCAUGCCGUACGUGGUCCUCUUUGCGUUGCUCCUGCGAGGCAUCACUCUCCCGGGGGCUGUGGACGGCAUCAGAGCGUACCUGAGCGUGGACUUCCAUCGGCUCUGCGAGGCCUCGGUCUGGAUAGAUGCGGCCAUCCAGAUAUGCUUCUCGCUGGGCGUGGGCCUUGGGGUGCUCAUCGCCUUCUCCAGUUACAAUAAGUUCACCAAUAAUUGCUACCGAGACGCGAUCAUCACCACCUCCGUCAACUCGCUGACAAGCUUCUCCUCCGGCUUCGUGGUCUUCUCCUUCCUGGGGUACAUGGCCCAGAAGCACAGUGUCCCCAUCGGGGACGUGGCCAAGGACGGGCCGGGGCUGAUCUUCAUCAUCUACCCGGAGGCGCUGGCCACGCUCCCGCUGUCGUCCGUCUGGGCCGUGGUCUUCUUUGUCAUGCUGCUGACCCUGGGCAUCGACAGCGCUAUGGGCGGCAUGGAGUCCGUGAUCACCGGGCUCGCAGACGAGUUCCAGCUGCUGCACCGGCACCGGGAGCUCUUCACGCUGCUCGUCGUCCUGGCCACCUUCCUCCUGUCCCUCUUCUGCGUCACCAACGGCGGCAUCUACGUCUUCACGCUGCUGGACCACUUCGCAGCUGGCACGUCCAUCCUCUUCGGGGUGCUCAUGGAGGUCAUCGGGGUGGCCUGGUUCUACGGUGUCUGGCAGUUCAGCGACGACAUCAAGCAGAUGACCGGGCGGCGGCCCAGCCUCUACUGGCGGCUGUGCUGGAAGUUCGUCAGCCCCUGCUUCCUCCUGUUUGUAGUCGUGGUCAGCAUCGCGACCUUCCGGCCCCCGCACUACGGCGCCUAUGUCUUCCCCGAGUGGGCCAACGCGCUGGGCUGGGCCAUCGCUGCGUCCUCCAUGUCUGUGGUCCCCAUCUACGCCGCCUACAAGCUCUGCAGCCUGCCCGGCUCCUCGCGGGAGAAACUGGCCUACGCCAUCACGCCGGAGACGGAGCACGAACGGGUGGACAGCGGGGAGGUGCGCCAGUUCACGCUCCGCCACUGGCUCGUGGUGUAGGCGGAUGGAGGAGGAGGAAGAGCUGCUGGCUGCCGUCGGCGAAGACCAGGGCGAGGAGGGCACCCCACCCCCGGCCCAGCGCCCUGCGCCUCGCUGGACACGCACGCGUCUUUCCCCGGACGGGCGUGCCCGCUGUGCCCCGGGAGCCGCCCCGCCGUCCACGUGUUGCUGUGUACCUCCCCUAGUCUGUGCUCGUUCCGCAGGUAGAAUCGACUGAGCUGUGUUCUGUGCGUUUCAGCCGCCGCCUGCCCUCCACCCCCGCCGGCCCACCAGGGCCCCCUGGAGCUCGGGCCGCGCCGCCGGUGCGCAUGUGGAGGAGAAAUAACGAUAAUUAUAGGUCACAGUUCUCUGCCGAGAACCCCGGCUCUCGCAGUAGCUUCCUACACCCUUUGCUUUGCUCCUAUUAAAAAGCCGAGUGUCAUGUUUG